UGCUUGGGAGAGGUCGGUCUCACGGCCAUGAAGGUACCAAACCGAUUUUACACGUGGCACCAAGAAAUUGGUUGAGAUUGUAGUUCCUCGCAGGAAAAUUCUUGCAACUCCAAUUAGGACCUCCCGGUUUUCUAGGUGACCUAAACCGAAACAACUUUGUUCUAUGGAUUUAAUGUUCAAGAGCGGCAAUAUAUGUACUCUUAUUCCCUCUAGAAUAAGGUACCAAGUGUAUCUCUAUAUAUAAACUACCUAAAGAUCUAUAUUCUGUCUAACGCAAAGGUAAUUAACAAGGAUACCUAGCAAGAGUACUCAGAGGAUUAAGAUGCGAGCAAGGAAGUUACCAAUAUUCGCAAUCUUCACGUUUUCUGUCUUAUUAUUGUAUCUCCUCUACAUAGAAUCUCCGAACUCUACUGUCUCUGAUAAUAACCCACCGUUCAAACCAAACGUGCCUCUUCCCAGACCCUAUGGCCCCAUGAGUAGUAGCUGUAAUAUCAACUCAGUUUUGGACUCGGAGUAUAACGAAAAGGAGUUAGAUCCGUUGGUGCCUCCUCGUAAAGCUAGCAAGAACGAGAGAAUUGACUGGUUCAGAAGAAAGCUACCUGAGCUGGAGAUACUGAAAUCGACUACCAAGAACAAGAGAUUCCAUAAAAGAGUUUUGGACUUGUACAUCAACAAUUGCUCAGCUCAGUUCUUUAUGAUCUGGCUUUCUCCCGCAAAAUCCUUUGGACCAAGAGAGAUGUUAGCUGUUGAUACUCUCUUCACCACCAAUCCUGGUGCUUGCUUGGCGAUUUUGUCCAACUCCUUAGACUCCCCCAGAGGAUACACCAUCCUUAAACCAUUGCUUGAUCGAGGUUUCAACCUCAUUGCUGUAACUUUAGAUAUCCCGUUCCUCGUCAAGAACACUCCUGCCGAGGCUUGGCUGAAAAGGCUAAAGAGUGGCCACAUGGAUCCCGGUUCUAUCCCCUUGUUUAUGAAUCUCUCUGAUCUAACAAGACUCGCGGUACUCUACAAAUACGGAGGAGUCUAUCUAGACACAGACAUCAUCUUCCUUAACGAUAUGACAGGACUGAGAAACGCUAUUGGUGCACAGAGUAUUGAUCCAGGAACCAAGAGAUGGACAAGACUAAACAACGCAGUGAUGGUCUUUGACAUCUACCAUCCGCUUAUGCGAGAAUUCUUGCAAGAGUAUGCCACAACAUUCGACGGAAACAGAUGGGGAUACAACAGCCCUUACCUAGUCUCUAGAGUUAUCAAGAGAUUAGGAAACAAACCUGGAUACAACCUCACAAUCUUUUCCCCCGACGCUUUCUAUCCAGUGAAUUGGAUCAAAAUCCAAAAGCUUUUCAAGAAACCUGCAACCACAAGAGAAGCAAAAUGGGUAGAGAAGACGGUACAGGAUAUGAACAAAGGGAGUUACAUGAUACAUCUGUGGAACAAAGUCACAAGGAAGAUUAAGAUUGAAGAAGGAAGUGUAAUGCACACUCUCAUCUCCACUCAUUGCACAGUCUGCAGAAACAUCACAAAUUCCCACACUUAAGUAUAUAGAUUCUCGU